AUGCAUGAGCAUACGUGUCGGAGACUUCCCAGGGUCUUUUCGAGGUCAUGUCGGGUCGACAGCUUUCCUGACAGGAGCGAUUGGACACGUAGUUGUGCCUUUGCGGUUUUUGCUAACGGCAUGGACGCGGUGCCGGUGGAUAAGUCCCACGUUAAGACUGGUGGGUCCGAGCGUUGCCAUCAUCGCAAGUCGGAGAGCAUUGUUGGCACACGACAGUCGAUGGCCGAUAUCUUGAUCGAUAAGAAUUUGAUCGUCGAUGGAGCAGUGAUGCGGGCGAUUCACGUGAGACUAGCCACGAGAUGCCGUUGCCAAAUGCGCAGUAGAUAUUGGGGCUACCACACCAGCCAAAGGGGGCUGACAUGUCGAUGCCGAUUACUCCGGCUUCUGGGACUGCGAGUCCGAACAAUGCGCUUAGGUGGCGAUAGGCCGAUGCCACGUCACCGACCAUGCCCUUAA